GUCGCCGGCGUCGUCAUGGUCGGUGGCGCGCAGUAUAAGAGCUGGUCGAGCGAGGACAUUCUGCACUCGACUCUCGUUCUCCCAAAUUAUCGCGGUAAUCGAUUCAGACACACUCGAACCAAUUGCAAACAAUGUCUACACCCAUCUCGAAGGAAACUGCUGCUCGCUCUGAGCACCCUCAGGGCGUUGUCAUCGACCCGCAGACCGACGACAAGGCGACGGCGUACCACCCUACGAUGCCCUCGCAGGUCGCGGAGCCGACGCGUACGAACUCCGUACCUCAGCAAGCGUCUACCAUGCCUGGUGACGGCGCGGGGGUACACGAGAAGGUGCCUUUCAAGGAGCAAGUGAUCGCGGCCGCGAAGAAGACCCGCGGGACUGUGCUAGGGAAGCCAGAAUUGAAGGAAGAGGCGCAACAAAUCCUCGACGGAGAGCAGUCCGGACUGCAUGGAGGCGAAGGGCCCAAGAAGUAGACUCAACGCACUGCAUCCUCAUUUGUAUCAUGUAUGACCAUCCGAAGUUACUGUAGCCUCAUGAUCAAAUAAAUACCCAACGUGUACUUCUACCCACUAAUGCUACAAUCGUCAUCGCGUGAACAUCAUG